AUGCUCGACUGCGAGUAUGAUGAGUGGGAGCCAUCAGUUGGACUUAUACCCACCACUUACUUCCUCAUCUUUUUUUUGGGCAUCACUGGCAAUGGUCUGGUGCUGUGGGCCAGCCACCACCGCAGGGAACGUCAACGAGCGGCAGACACUUUCAUAGUCCAGCUGGCAAUUGCUGACCUGGCUUUUGUGGUGACCCUACCACUGUGGGCUGUCUACGUAUCCCUAGGAUAUCACUGGCCCUUUGGCAAAGUGGCCUGCAAAGUCAGCGGAUACAUGGUGCUUCUCAACAUGUACGCCAGCGCCUUCUGCUUAACAGGACUGAGUCUGGACCGGUACAUAGUUAUUGUGCUAUCCCCAGGACCAGGGCACUCACGGUCUCCACUCUCCAGCCCAAUGGCCAUUGCAAUUACUUGGGCAAGUGCAGGUCUGCUGGCUCUUCCUGCCAUUAUCUUCCGGAACACUGGACAAACAGAUGAGCUCUUUGACAACAGGACAUUGUGCUAUAUGGACUACUCGGCAGUUGACAGUAGUGGGCAAACUCACCUUUGGGAAGCUGGCUUGGGAUUUUCCUCAACGUUGUUGGCCUUUGUGGCGCCAUUUUGUGUCAUCCUCUUCUGCUAUGUGGGCAUUGGCCGCCGGGUUUCUGGCCACUUCCACCUGCCUCUAGUUGCAAGCAGGAAAAGGAGGCUGUUGGCCAUAAUGGUUGGGCUUGUGGUCACCUUUGGGGCAUGCUGGGCCCCAUUUCACCUGGUUAAGAGCAUCUACGUCCUGAUGAAUGCAGAGGUUUUACCACUGAGUUGCAGUCUGCAUGUCUUCCUCAAUAAUCUGCAUCCCUAUGCCACCUGCUUAGGGUAUGCCAACAGCUGCCUAAACCCCGUCCUGUAUGCUUUUCUGGAUCCCAGGUUCAGAGGACACUGUCGCCGGGUGUUGGGGUGUGGAGUUCUCCUGAGCGGUACAGAAGGAGAAAACCGAGCAGAAGGGCAAAAAAACUCAUGUUGGCAGCUCUUCUGGAGAUGGUGCAGAAGUGGGGGGUAA